CCACUUUAACCGGGGGAAGAUGUCGCGGAAAGGCGACUUUCCGUGGACGGUGGUCGUCCUUACCUGCCAACACAAAGACAGUGUGUACGCUUUCCAGAGAGAGUUGGAGUUGCGGCAGAAACGCGGCACCUUAGCUGGGAAUGCGUUGCUUUUGACCGUGAGGGACCGCCAGGAGCCGCCGGGCAGCGGAGGGGCGACGCUGAACGCCCUGCUGGUCGCUGCUGAGCACCUGAGCAGCAGAGCUGGGUACACGGUAGUGACCGCUGACGUCCUGGAUGACGCUCACAUCCUCAUCCUGCACACAGGUCGGGAUUUUCCCUGGAGCCCCUGCAGCCGAGCCUUCUGUUGGCUUCCCGAAGAGAAGCCCGGGCAGAAAGUCCAGGCGCCGGUUUGUGUUCUGGAUGUGCUGCUGGACCGACUCAGCUCCCAGAUCUGUCCGGGUUCUCCUCCUGGAGUCUGGGUCUGCAGCACCGACAUGAUCCUCUCCGUCCCGACAGACUUUGUUUUAUCCUGGGACGGGUUCUCUGGAGUUCGGGUUUUGGCGGUACCAGGCGACGUCUCGUACGCAGCUGAUCAUGGAGUCUACCUGAGCGACUCGCAGGGUUGGGUCCGUGACAUCAUCUACAGAGGAACCAGGGAGGAGAUCCAACGAGCCCUGAUGCCUGAUGGGAAAGUCCCGCUGGUGUCAGGCCCGGUCUUCUUCUGCAGGUCCGUCUCAGAGAAACUGCUGCAGACUCACGUCAGUCCUCCUCUGGACGGCUGCACCUACCUGGGCCUGGACUCUGGAGCUCCGCCCCUCCAGAUCUCCCUCUUCUUGGACUUGUUGAAGUGUCUCUGCUCAGAUCUGACCCAGGAUCAGUUUGUGAAUGAGGGGAGAGCAGGCUGCAGUCCCACAGACGGUCCCCAGGGGGCGACAGUGAGGGCGGGCAGGGCGGAGCUGUGGAGGAUCCUGAGAGGAGCUCCACUCUCACUGGUGUACAUCCCUGGCGGUCGCUAUGACUACCUGACUCUGUCCGGGAAGCAGCAUGUCGAACGUCUGACUUCUGAUUGGACGGUUGGAAACACUCUGUCGCACAUUCAGAAUGAGAAAUUGCUCAGUGAAGGAGCUCGGGUCAUCAACAGCGCUCUGGAUGGAGACGUUGCCGUGGCGACCCAGGCAGUGGUGCAACACUGCCACCUACAGGGUCCUCUGGACAUCCCGUCUGGUUGUUUGCUCUCAGGUGUAGACGUCUCGGCGUCAACGUGCCUCAGGCGGGUCGUGCUCAGCAGUGACAUCAUCAUCCAGGGACAUCGGAUUGAGCUGGGGGAGCUGAAGCUAAACGUGUACACGGUGGUCGGCACUCACGACGACCUGCAGGUUCCCUUUAAUGGAAGCGGCGCCUCCUUCCUCAACCAGACCUGGACUGUUUUCUUCAGCUCCUCAGGAAUACAGCCGGAGGAGCUGUGGGUAAAAGGAGAACAGUGCUCCCUCUUGGAGGCUCGGCUUUUCCCGGUCCUCCAUCCCAGAGGGGGCACUGUGGGCCUUGAGGGAGGAGUGGGCUGGCUGCUGGGGGGUCCAGGCUGCCUGCAGAGGUGGAGGGAGGCGUGGAGAGUCUCUCUGAGGGAGGUGCUGUCACUCACCCACCAGGAGGCGGAGCUGCAGUGGAGGGAGGAGCUGCUGUUCCUGGCAGGGAGGAAGAGAACCGCCGACGCUCUGCAGAGUCGCACCGACGUCUGUCUGCUGCCUUGCUUCAGGGUGGCAGUGCAGGGAGGGCAGCAGGGGGCGCUACUGGAGACUCUGGACAGCAUUGCUGCUGGAAGCGUGGAGUCGGGGGCGGAGCCAGGAGCACAGGUGGGCGUGGCUGCCCGCUGUCUCUCCUGCAUCGCUGACGUUCUGGUGUGCAUGGCGGAGGGUAAAGGGGGCCUGAGGAGCGGUCCAGCUGCUAACGAGGCCUGGAGCUCCGCCUACUUCCUGUUGGAGGAGGGAAACUUGAGGGGAGGAGUUUAUGCUCUUGCUGCGCAGCGACAGCUCUGGCUGAGCAGGUUAGCGUCUCGCUGUCUGUUUCCACUGCUUGUUGAAUGCGUUGUGACCUGCUUUACUGCCCCCUGCAGGCCAGACCUGCUCGUACGGGCGGCUCGGCACUAUGAAGGCGCCGGCCAGGUGUUGCUGCGGCAGGCUGUGAUGUCAUCCCAGAGGUUCAUCUCCAUUGGACAGGGAGAGGCCCCGCCUAUCGGGGAGUGGCAGGAAGUAGAGUGUCCAGCCAGACUGGACCUGGCAGGGGGCUGGAGUGACACGCCACCGAUCGCCUUCGAGCAUGGCGGAUCAGUGACGAACGUCUCCGUGAAGGUUGACGGGAAACGUCCAAUCGGAGCCAGAGCCCGUCGCAUUGUGAAACCCCACCUCCUAUUGGUCAGCUGUAGCGGUGGGCGGGGCAGCGGGGCGUCCACAGAGAUAGUGUGUGAAAACCUGGAUGACCUGAGGGACUACAGCCAGCCUCACGCUCCAGGAGCUCUGCUGAAGGCAGUCUGUGUGUGCAGUGGUCUGGUGUCUCUGUCCUCCCAGCAUCCUCUGGGGCAGCAGCUGAUGCAGAGCUGGGGUGGAGGGGUGGAGCUGCACAGCUGGUCGGAGCUGCCGACCGGAUCCGGUCUGGGUACCAGCAGCAUCCUGGCGGGGGCGCUGUUGGCAGCGGUCUACAGGUGUACAGGCCGAACGUAUGACACCGACUCCCUGAUCCAUGCGGUCCUGUACCUGGAGCAGAUUCUCACCACAGGUGGCGGCUGGCAGGACCAGGUGGGCGGUCUGGUGGGCGGAGUCAAGGUGGGUCGUUCCAGAGCGUCUCUGCCCCUCCAGGUGGAGGUGGAGCGUCUGAGUCCUCCUCAGGAGUUCCUGGUGUCUCUGGAGCAGCACCUCCUGCUGGUUUACACCGGAAAGACGCGUCUGGCUCGAAACCUGCUGCAGGAUGUGGUCCGCAGCUGGUACAGCCGUCUUCCGGCGAUGGUGGAGAACGCCCAGCAGCUGGUGUCCAACUCUGAGGAAUGUGCUAAAUCCUGUUCAGAAGGUUCUCUGUCCCGUUUGGGUCGGUGUUUGGACCGCUCCUGGCAGCAGAAGAAGCUGAUGGCUCCAGGAUGCGAGCCGGCCUCCGUCAGAACCAUGAUGGAGGCUCUGAGGCCUUUGGUUCUGGGUCAGAGCCUGGCAGGAGCCGGAGGCGGCGGCUUCCUGUACCUGCUGACCCGGGAGCCCCGACAGCAGGAGGCGGUUCUAAAGACCCUCAGGAACACGCCGGGUUUGGGAGAUUUCAGCGUUCACUCAGUGGAGCUGGACAUGGAGGGAAUCGCAGUCCGGCCGCCGGCCGUUACACAGCCGGCAGAAAAAUGAAGAUUUUUCACUCAAUCUAGCGUCACUUAAAAUAAUGACUCUUAUUUUUGAUAGCAUUUUAUGAUAUAAAUGACAUUAAUGGCAUAUUUUACAGGUGUGUUUGCUCCAAAUGAUUGAAUAAAUACCAAUACCAG